UUAAUUGACUCGCUCUAUUAAUAAUUUAUAAGUGUAUCGAGACAGCGGCUGCUUUAUCGAGCAAGUAUUACGCGUUGUUAAUUCAACUUGCGUGGUAUCUCGGAUCGGAAUAAAAUUGCUGCCAUCUUCAAAUCUUUCAGUUAAUGAAAUGCAGCUAAGCAGCGUUGCAACGUAUUAUAUGCAGCAUCGACGCAUUGGAUAUCGCGUGAAAGUGUCCGCACGAUUUUUGAAUUUUCUCGGUCCUUCGUCCAUUUUGCGAGAUGUCGCGCAUAUCGAGCAGUUUAAAGUUUUGCGCAGAUUUAUUCUUUCAUAUUAUUCUCUCGUCGUAAAAUGCGCGUCGCGUGAAGUCGGGAGUGCCGUAUAAAGUAUCGCGCGAGUGUUUCUUUUCUGAUAAUUAAUGCGCACGCAAUCUCAUAAUUAACCGUGUGCUUUUGCAAGUGAGUGCCAUGACGGAGCAAAGAAAAACGAGAGAAGAGGAGGAGAGCCGGGAGCGGCAUUGGACGAUUACGUAACAAUCAGAUAGAGUGAGGCGAGGACGUGAGGUUUGAUCCGAUGAAUGGAACCGUGCUUUGACAAAGGAUCUGCUAAACCGGAAGAUGUGAUAACAUGGAUAUAGCGAGAGGUAUCGGCGAACAUACCCUCAAUCAGCCUCCGACGUGCGAUGUUAUUGGGUUCUCGAUCGACACACUUGAACAUUGGAGCGCGAAGACGGCGCGGGCCCUAAAUCGAGGAGAAUUGCAGGAAGCUAAGGGAAGCAAGGAGGGCAGAUUAUCGAUUUCCCAAGCCCGGAAGGUCUAGCCCGCAAGGAAGAGGCUGCUCUCUCAAGAGUUUUCAGCCGAGGGCGAUCAUGACAGGAACAUACCGGAGAUCGAUCUCACGGUGAUAUUUCAUCCAUCUGAGGAAAUUUCCGAGGAUAGAGGAGAAAAAAAAUUAUCUCCGUCGACUCUGCGACUCUGUAUUCGCAAUCCGUGGCCGUCACCAUUAUAACUAAAAACGCAGAAAGCACGUACGAAGAUGAGGAGCAGUUCGCCAGGGGCGGCACAACCCCUGGUGAAGACGUUGUCGAUGAAGAAGACGGUCAUUCAGACGAUGAUGGCAUGAACAGCUUUCCUCUGAAAAUGACGGCCGACACAACGAGGGGUCGAAUCACCGGGGUUGCCGGUGGUUUCUUACGGAGUGCCGGGCAACACGUGAACUACGAUCCCGAGGCACCUCCACCACCGUAUAUCGCACAGCAACAGACAACCUGUCUGCUCGAGAGACCAGAAAUUGACAAGAAAGUCAAGAGACACAGUAUACACGGCAUGAUGGAGGAAGAAAACGUAGUGCGACCUCAUCAGGAAAUGGCCACCCUGUCGCUUCAAGAGAAGAAAUAUCUUCUUGCCGUCGAGCGCGGAGAUGUAGCUUCCGUUAGAAGAAUGCUCCAAAAAGCCCAGGAGGCCGACAUUAACAUCAACUGCGUGGAUCCUCUCGGGCGAUCGGCUCUGCUCAUGGCGAUCGAUAAUGAAAAUCUGGAGAUGGUGGAGCUUUUAAUAGAACACAAAGUCGAUACAAAGGAUGCACUCCUUCACGCUAUCUCCGAAGAAUUCGUCGAAGCAGUGGAGGUCCUUUUGGAGCAUGAAGAAAGCCUUCACAGAAAUGGCGAGCCACAUAGUUGGGAGGCAUUACCUCCUGACACAGCCACAUUUACGCCGGAUAUUACGCCGCUGAUCUUAUCGGCCCAUAGGGACAACUACGAAAUCAUAAAGAUCCUUCUGGAUCGUGGAUCCACUCUACCGAUGCCACACGAUGUUCGCUGUGGAUGCGACGAAUGCGUGACAUCGAGAAUGGAGGAUUCCCUGAGGCAUUCGAGGAGCCGAAUAAAUGCCUAUCGGGCAUUGGCAUCGCCGUCCUUGAUAGCACUGUCGUCUAAGGAUCCCAUUCUGACUGCCUUUGAGCUCUCUUGGGAACUUCGACGACUCUCGUUCUUGGAGCACGAAUUCAAGAUCGAGUAUCAGGAGCUUCGAAGACAGUGCCAAGAUUUUGCGACAGCUUUGCUGGACCACACUAGAAGUUCCUACGAGCUCGAAGUCCUGCUGAAUCACGACCCAACGGGACCAGCUUUUGAACACGGAGAGAGAAUGCAUCUCAAUCGCUUAAAAUUAGCCAUUAAGCUCAGGCAAAAAAAGUUCGUGGCGCAUCCUAAUGUACAACAGCUACUCGCAUCGAUCUGGUACGAGGGUCUGCCAGGAUUCCGAAGAAAGAACAUGUUCCUCCAGGCGCUGGAGAUCGUCAGGAUCGGCAUUCUUUUCCCAUUCUUCAGCGUGGCAUACAUCAUCGCACCCCACAGCAUGGUCGGUCAGACCAUGAGAAAGCCAUUUAUCAAAUUCAUCUGUAACUCCGCGUCGUAUUUCACUUUUCUAUUCAUGUUAAUUCUGGCUAGUCAGCGGAUAGAAAACGUAAUCGAUAGUUGGAUGGGACACGACGUUGUAGAAGAACCAGCGCGAACGAAACGUGGGGCUCCACCAACGGUCGUGGAAUGGAUUAUAUUGGCCUGGGUAUCGGGGUUGAUCUGGUCGGAGGUGAAGCAAUUGUGGGACGUGGGCUUGGAGGAAUACGUGAAUGACAUGUGGAAUGUGAUCGACUUCAUAACGAACUCGCUGUAUGUAGCCACAGUCGCGCUUAGAGUCGUAGCUUACUAUAGAGUGCAAAAGGAAAACGAGGCAUCGGGAUCACUGAUCGAGCUUCAGCGUGAGCAAUGGGACACUUGGGAUCCGAUGCUCAUCUCCGAGGGCCUCUUCUCCGCUGCCAACAUCUUCAGUUCGCUAAAGCUCGUCUACAUAUUCUCUGUGAAUCCUCAUCUCGGUCCACUGCAAGUUUCCCUAUCGAGGAUGGUCGUGGAUAUCAUGAAAUUUUUUUUUCUCUAUGUGCUGGUUCUCUUCGCUUUCUCGUGCGGACUCAAUCAACUUCUCUGGUAUUACGCCGACAUGGAGAAGAAACGAUGUCCCACGGCGAUGGCAUAUUCACCCAACGCCAAUGUUACUUCUGAUUCCAACGCAUGUAUCGUUUGGCGCCGAUUCGCAAAUUUGUUUGAGACAAUACAAACACUAUUUUGGGCGGUUUUCGGCUUGGUGGACCUCGAGAGCUUCGAAUUAGACGGCAUCAAAGUGUUCACUAGGUUCUGGGGUAUGUUGAUGUUUGGCACUUACUCGGUCAUCAACAUCGUCGUCCUCCUGAAUCUCCUAAUCGCCAUGAUGAAUCAUUCCUAUCAAUUAAUCUCGGAACGCGCCGACGUCGAGUGGAAAUUCGCGAGGAGCAAACUCUGGAUCAGCUAUUUCGAGGAGGGUGGAACAGUUCCGCCGCCUUUUAACAUUAUACCUACCCCGAAGAGCGCCUGGUACGUCGUGCAAUGGAUAUAUCGGAAGUGUUGCGGACACAGCAGGGCGGCCAAGAAGGAACACAUGCGCACGAUUAGGCGAAAAGUCAAGCAGGCCUCCGAGCGAGAUUUUAGAUAUCAAAGUAUCAUGAGAAAUUUGGUAAGACGAUACGUCACCGUUGAACAACGCAAGGCGGAAAAUGAGGGCGUUACAGAGGACGAUGUAAACGAGAUCAAACAGGACAUUAGCGCAUUUCGUUGCGAGCUCAUCGAGAUACUCAAGAAUUCCGGGAUGAACACGUCCACGGCAGCGAGCAGCGGUACCGGUGCGGGUGGUAAGAAGAACCGCCAAAAGGAGCGACGUUUGAUGAAGGGUUUCAACAUCGCGCCGCAACCAGGCGGAAGCGGCACUCUGCCGCCCGUGGCCGAGUUUAUCGCGUCCCUUCAACAAGCGCAGCAAGAGAACUCUCAUCAAGACCUAUUUGGCUCGACUUUAAGCGGCAUAUUUGGAUCGGGCGUAAAGAAGAGCCCACAUCACAUCAGCACUAAUAGCGUGCCUGGACUGGCCACUGGACCGCAACAAAUUCGCGGCAUCAGAGGUAGCUCCCGGAAGAAGCGUUGGGGCACUUUAAUCGAGGCUGCGAAAGCCGGAAGAGUGUCUAGACUGAUCGGUAGAUCUCGUUCGGAAGACUCGGUGUAUUCUCCGGCGUCCGAGGACGGUGGAUCGCGAUCUGAGGGUUCGUCAGACUCAAAAUCUUCUUUGGAAAUGGCAAGUCAGGACGUACAAAGUACGCAGCAUUCUCAUCACUCUCACUCUCAUCACGCGCAUCAUCACGAGACACAUCACAUGUUCAGUCACGGCCUAGGUCCGGCUUUGGCCGCCCUGAGAAAAAAGCGCAAGAAGUUCUCCUCUUCGAGAUCGUCCACGCCCGCGAUGACCAGCAGCACCAAUACGAAUCCCGCGGAUUCAAGCACAAUACAUUCGGUCGCUACCGUCCUGGCAUCCAAGGUCUGCUCCAAGAAGCAGCUGCAACGCGCCAGCAGCGUCCCAACUCGAGGCCCCGAAAUAACACCGCAAUCAUCAAUAACGACUCGACGACACGAAGUUAUACAGAGCCAGCAGCCUAGCUUCGAGGUCAUCGAGGUCGCCAGUAUCAGCGAACAGCAAAAUGUUGUCAGUUCAAUACCAUUGACACCAUCGACCACCGAGGAGAGCGUAGCGGCAAGCGUCCCGACGUCGAAGUUUACGGCGAGACGAAACGGAUCGGCGACGACGCAGCUGCAUCUUCCGGGCAUCGAACCGAUUUCCGGCCACGAUGUGUCCACCGGCUGGCUCUGAGGAAACCGAUGUGUCGCCGGGCUGCGGCGGCCAAUCAGCUGACAUCACCUGACAGGAAACAUCAAUCGAAACUCAGCUUCGGGCUUCGUCUUCAACAGCCAUGAAGUUAGAACGACGCCGACGAUGAUACACGCACGCACGCGACACGAUCGUCCCGACGUCGGCAGACGCACAAUGAUGCCUUUCUCGCGACAUGACAUGCCAAUGCCGAUUAAACGUAAGAGCGACAUCGGGAAUCUCGAAGAGAAACCCAUCCUCUCGUCGACCCAUCCUCCUUUCACCACCUGAAUGAAGCAUCCUUUCAGUACGAGUGUGGCUUCCUUCUAAUUAUAUGAUGUCCGAUGAUGAGAUUCCGGAUUCGUCGUAUUGCAAGGCACAACUUACUGGACGGAUCUAUUCGUUCGGCACUUCCUAUUUCAAGCGGAGCACGCUAUCGACGGCGACGAUCUGCUUUUCUUCGUUCG